CCACAACCACACCCGACGCACCCACGAUGCAACCGCUCCGCAGGACAGCAUUGAAUGCUGCCCGCCGCGGGAAGGCCACGCUGCCGCGUGCGCCGCGCCGCUAUGCACACGAGGACCACGGCCAUGGCCACCACAGCGCUCCCGUCAAUGAGCCCAUGGGAGCCGGUUUCUGGUUUACCGUCGGCCUCAUCCCCGCCGCCUGGCUGGUCUACAAAGUCGCACAGCCCAAUGAAGAUGGCACCACGGUUGUCGGCCGCUUGAUCGACGCGUACACGGAGAAGCAGGAGGAACUGAUUCGUAUCAACGCGGCGCAUGCGGAUAUGAUUGAGCGGGCGGGCAGAGAUCGCGUGCUGUUCCAGAAUACCAAGCCCUGGGACACUAUUGAAUUGAAGUAUCCAGAAAUCAUGAAUCACGGCUCACCCUUCAACGUCCAGGCCGGCAGCCAAGUCAACAUGGACGCCGUCAUUGCCAAGUUUCAGAAGGAGGCUUACGAGGACAACGAGCGCAAGCUCGAGGCCCUGCGCAAUAACCAGAUCAAGUCAGAGCAGCCGUUCGAGUUCAGCGGCCCCAGAUAUCGGGGAGUUCAGAUCAGCGAGGGUAGGGAGUUGAGGGGUGGUGGUGCGUAAGUUAACCUCUGAAUAAGAAAGGAGAUGUAUAUAUUCAAGAUACGGGAAUUCUCUUUUGUCUCGCUGUUAUUGCUAUGUCCCGCUCUCCCCAAGUCGUGUCUCUGACAGCUCACCAUGUAUAAAACAAUCUGGAACUACCAUUGCAUAGCCCAAAGCAGCUAUGCGUAAACCUGAU